AAGGGAAACUUUUUGACCAAGAUCAAUAAAAUGUUUUGGAAUUAAUUGCUUUUAAAGCAGUAAAGCUGUCUAACAUAAUAAAAUUGACAAACAGCACAUCAAAGACAUAAUUAAUUUAAAUAAUGGAUCUUGAACACUGAUUUAAUUUAAACAAGUUUGAUACAUAUCAGUAACCAUGGCAACUCAGGAAGCCAUUCACAAACGUAACCUUGAGAGUUCCAUACUGUUUAUGCAGCAGGAACAUGCAGCCACCUUGAAAGCACUUCAUGAGGAAAUAAAAAAAUUACAGAAAAAAUGCUCAGAUUUGACAUUUGAGUUGAAUAUGGCUGGACUGGAUACAGGAGAUGGAGUUUCUGCAGAGGUUGUGGAGCAUAUAAAACAUCUUGAGAAAAUGAUCGAUGCACAAAGAGAAACACAACAUGAACUUGAAGUAGAGCUGGAGAAAAAAGAUAAGCUAAUUAAAGAAAAUGAAUAUACAUAUAAAAGACAGAAAAUGAAACAUAUGGAAGAGUUACGAUCUCGAAAUAAAGAAAUGGAUGAAUUACGAGCUCAACUUGAUGCUGCUGCUAAUAGUAACGCUUAUUAUCAAAAUGAACUGCUGAAAGUUAAGAAGGAAAAGUUUCAUGGUAAUCAAGGUUCCGCACAUUCACAUGAACAUGUUCGUGCUCCCGCACCGCCGAAAGAAAGCAGGUCAAAUCCAAAACGUGCUUUCCAUAUUCGUAGAACAUUAGCUGAAAAAGAGGAAAUAGCAGAACUUAAUCAUUUGACUGGUACUGCAGUAGCAGUGCGUGGUAAUUCAGGCGGAACAAGUAGGUCAGAUUCUCCAGCGGAAUUAGCAAAGCCAUUCUUGCGAUCUGAGGACGCGGAAAUACAAAUCAAGACGAGCAACCCUCUUCCUCCAAUCAGAACAUCUUCUGGGCGUGUCCUGUUUAGGGAGCCAGUAGAUGUUGUACAUGUAAGUGUUCACAAUGUCCCUAAGCCACCAACAAAAAGUAAAAAGGCUGGCACUGCAACACAGGAAGUAGAGACCCUGGCUAUCGGUCCCGUGUCUCAAACAGAUCCCACAUGGAAACAUCAUCGUACGAAAGAAUCUCACAGUUCAGACUAUAGGUAGCCCAUAUCUUAAUUGUAUCAAUAAAAUGAACAAUUUAUCACAAACAUUUUUGUAUGCGUUUUAUUUGUUUUGUUUGUUUAAUUUUACCAUUGGAUUAUUCUUACCCAAAUUUUUUGUUUAAA